GACGGCAGACAAUAGUACUGGAAAAGGCAGGCAAUUAAGCUGAUGAAGAGAAUCACAUAAUAUUGAUUAGACAAAGUGAAAUGAAGGAGAUGGGCGACCCACCCCAACCACCUGAUCAAACAUAUACAAAUUACUUACACCUCAAAUCAAUUAGGAAAAAGAAUGGGAUCAAGAAGUCUGCCUAAUUAUUUGUUUUGUUAAUUCUACUUGAUUAUGCACUUUAGUUUGUACUAUUGGCAGACACCAGAACUGGCAAACAUAAAUCAAUAAUGGAAGGGGGGGCUAAGCUAACAGUGACAAUCUAGCUCUUCAUGACAGUUGUCAGAAUUCUUCUGGUUUUCAUCAUCCCUCCAGAUUGUCUCUGAAACUCAUAAAUAGUUAUGUCUUUUAAUUUAUGUUUUUGUCUCCAAACACAUCUACCCGGUUAUAUUCAGGGUAAUUGAGAAGUCUUGUAAUUUAUUGGCCUAUUUAAUUUCAAAGGGCCUCUCUCUAUAUACAUACACAAUUUAAUUGAUAACAGUGAAGUGAACAGUAGCAGUACAGAGAGAGGUGUUGUUGGUUUAUUGUGGGCAAGACAUUGAAUGCAAAUUUCUUUGUUGUUUUCUCUUUGAAAUUUUGUGGACAAAGUGAAGCUAUCAUCUCAUUAUUCAGUGCAUGGAAUUAUCACUGUGUGUCACACUCAACCAGGGAUGCCAAAAGUAUGUGUGCCACAAUUUUGCUGCUGCUGUUUGCAGUUCCAAUCAAUUUAAUUAACAAUCAACAACUACAACGAGAGUUAUGGUUAUGGUAUGUGUAUUCUCGAUGAAAAGACUAUUAGAUUCGAACUUAAAAACUUUUCUAUCAGUUUAGAACGGCUCAAUUAGAUCUUUCAGGUUAUUAUUAUAUAGAUUGAUAUAUAGUGUACAUCACUACACAGUAAGUAAGAGCAAGUAACAGGAGAAGGUUGUGGAGAGGAGAGUAGAAGAGUGAGAGAGAUGGUGAUAUGAGGGAAAUGGCUUCCCUUAGCUUUUUUAAUUAGAGUGAAAAUGAUGUUGGGGUGUGUGUAUUGGUACCCUCCUUGCCUCCUCCUCUUCCAUUUAUUGCAAUUGUCUUUAUGCCUUUUCCCCCCCUCCUCUUCACUAAAAUGCUCUUUGUCUCUCUUUUUCUUUUCUACUCUACUCCUACUGAUCAUUCAUCAUCAUCAUCACCAUCAUCCCCUUUUAUCCUUUCCCCCUCUCCCUCCCCAGUCCCUUCUCUUCUUCCCCACAAAAAACUUUGCCUUUUUGGCAAUCUUCUGCCUAAUUUGCAGCCCCUCCUACUCUCUCUUGAUUGAUCUUCUUCCUCUUGUAUAGUAGCUAGCUAGCAGCAGUAUAUAUAUAGCUAGGGUUUCUGCUUCCUUUCUUUGUCAAACACCCUUUUCAUAUACCAGCAGCAAACCAAUUAUUCACCCCCUCCCUUCUAUUUGCAGCAAGCAAGCAAGUGUGACUGCAGCUUAUAGCCCUAUAGCUUUGUAGCUUUGCAUAAUCAGACAAAGGUAAGUUCUCAAGCAACACCCCUUUUUCAUACCUGCGCCUGUGUGUGAACUUUUGGGGGUCUGUUUCCUUAUUGAUCAGUUGAUACAUAUAUAUAUGGUGGGUGGCCAGUCAAAGAUUGUGGCUUCAGAUCAUUGACAUAUAUACAUAUAUGCAUGUCCUUUCUGCAGUAAUUCUUGUUAUCUGGGUUCUGCAGAUUUUUCUUUACUACUUUACCCACUUGAUUGGAGAUGGUGAAAAUAGAAGAUACUAUAUGUGCCCCCAACAUAUAUAGGAAGAAAAACAUCACUUCAUUCUACAGUAUCAUCUCUGUGGCUGGCUAGUUGGGUUGGGAAUUAAAUAUAGGACAGUAUUGAUAAGAAAAUUUUGAACUGUUUGAAUGAUUUCUUGCAGAAAUCUAGCAAUAAAAUCACAGUUUUAAGGAUCUGAUAUAUGUAUCUUCGACGCUGACUUUGUACAAAUUUGUCUGUCUUGACUCGCCAAAAGCUUAGAUGAAACACAUAUGUGCUCAGCUCUAUACUCAUAGAACAGCAAAGUCUUGGAGUUGGAGGGGGCAAGAAUUCAACAAAGACUGCUUCAAUUUCUCUCCCACCCUCACAAAACUUCCACAUUAGAACAAAAACAACUUGCGGCAGCAUAUAGGUGAUAAGAUGUUAUCCUCUUAACUUAUCUAGGAAUGUUCAGGUCAAAAAUCAACGAUGGUAUAGCUAAAUGAAGUACUCGAUCAUUAGCCUCGCAUUCUUAGAUUUAAUCACAUAAUUAACAACAUAGCUCGAUCUCUUAACCUCUUCCUAAUAUUCCUCGCAUAGAUAUCCCAAUAAUAUUAAAUUAUUAUAACAAUUCGUAGAUGUUCAAUCUUUCAACAAGAAGAAGAGAAAGCAAGCAACAAUUUGUUCCGAACGAUUUUUCAUCGUUUAUUGUUACUCCAUCCAUCCGUAUAAUUAACUCAGUCGCAUAACAUUUAUUUCUACAGCACUCUCCAGGCCCAACAAUUCAAAUAACUUAAACGAACUGCUGAUCACGAAAUCUGAGUUUCGUUUGUUUGUUGGUUGGUUGUAUAUCUAUAACGAUAUAUUUGAUUGUUUUAAGACCAAUAAUUCUCUCCAUAGCUAUACUAAUUUUUAAUUUGAAGAUGUCACAUAUACAUUUUGCAAAUAAUCAAAUCCUUGUCGUUUCUUAGGCUGCUUACACAUAUAUAUAUAUAAAUGGCAUCAGCGGCGGCGGGAUCCUCCUCCUCAUCGACAGCCUACUCAAACUCCCCGUGCGCGGCGUGCAAGUUCCUCCGCCGCAAGUGCCUGCCGGACUGCAUCUUCGCGCCCUACUUCCCGCCGGAAGAGCCGCAGAAGUUCGCGAACGUGCACAAGAUCUUCGGGGCCAGCAACGUGAGCAAGCUCCUGAACGAGGUGCUCCCGCACCAGCGGGAGGACGCCGUGAACUCGCUGGCGUACGAGGCGGAGGCCCGGCUCAAGGAUCCCGUCUACGGCUGCGUGGGCGCCAUCUCCGUGCUCCAGCGCCAGGUCAUCCGCCUCCAGAAGGAGCUCGACGCCACCAACGCCCACCUCAUCCGCUUCGCCUACACUAACAACAACAACACUAGUAGUAGUAGUGAUGAUCCGAUUGUGAGAGUUUGGAGAUUUUGAAUGAUUGAGGAAAAUCCAAGUUGUUUAUUAUUCUGGAUUCUGAGAACUAAUAUACAGAUUUAGAAGAG